GUUGAGGAUGCCCUCCUUUCAGACCUGCUUUUAAAAAAUUUCCUGGAUGCUGAUACUGGAGCAGCCAACAAUAUCUUGGUGCUUCCGGCAGCACCACCACAAAAGCCAUCCUUUAUACCAUCAUACCACAGAGCUGUCAAAGCAUAGCCAAAUGAACUAAAGAGCACCCAUCUCUGAUGACAUUCCAUUCCCCAACAGCACAAAAGUCCACCAUACUAUAUUACAGCAAAAGCAGCAGCUGCUUAUAUCCAAAUCAUUCACAGGGCAUCCCUCUCAAGUUAUGCCCCAAGACCGACCAAAUCUUACAAUUCCUUAACUUGCUUGGCAGAUUCUUUCAUUCAUCUACAAGCCAUCCACUCAUCCCUCUGGAACACCUCCGCAUUGCGCAGAGAAUUGGAAGAAGGCGUUGGUUUCUGGCUUUCUGCCGCUCUUUUUGUUCAUUCUUUAGUGCAGAUAAGCUUCUUCUGCUCUUGUUCUUCUAAUGCCUGUACUUAAGGCCGGGAAGGCCUUGGAAGAAAGGAAUGACUUGCGUAGUAGCAUGAGGUGAUAGUGAGAGAGAGAUUGUGAGAGCCUGCAUGUCCUUAUUCUGUCAUUGUUAGCACAGGCACAUCAUCUUUGCUUUUGUUGUUUUUUUCUUGGGGAGCUGUUCAGGAGCUUUGAUCAGUUCGUUGCCGUUUUUUGGUGUUUGUUUCUGCUAAUGAGAGACUAAAUUCAAGCAUCAAUGGUACUGUUCAGAAGAAAAAGACUGCUCCCUACAUUUUCAUGUUGUGUGAUUCUUUUGCUUCUAACCCCAAGCCAGGGCGAUUCAAACAGCUCGGAUAAUUCAGAGCAAAGCUACAAGAUCGCUCAGCCUUUAGAGCUCACACCCAAACUGUCAAUGCAACUCAAGCUCCAUGCCUUCCUGCUCUGGUCUUCAGUUGGCUUCCUGAUGCCGAUAGGAGUGCUGCUAAUCAGAGUCUCGAGCAAUGUCAGAAGCGCCAAAAGCAUCAAGGUUCUCUUCUACUGCCAUGUCGCUUCACAGAUUGUCGCCGUUGUUCUUGCCACUGCCGGGGCAGUCCUGUCGAUAAGCAACUUCGAGAACGCAUUCAACAACACUCACCAGAGGAUCGGAUUAGCGCUGUACGGCUUCAUAUGGCUCCAGCCGCUCAUCGGCUUCUUGCGGCCUGACAGAGGCGUGAAGAUGCGGAGCGCGUGGUACCUGACCCACUGGCUCCUCGGCAUCUCGAUCUGCGUGGUGGGCGUCGCCAACGUCUACAUCGGCCUGCACACGUACCAGGAGCGGACCGGCAGGAGCGCGAGGCUGUGGACCGUGCUCCUCACCGUCGAGGUCGCGGCCAUGGCGUUCGUGUACCUCUUCCAGGACCGAUGGAACUACGUGGUGCGGCAGGAAGAGGCUGCCCUCGUCGACGAGCAGAGUGAAGGAUCCAUGUACCCAGCGAACGAUCACAAGGAGAUCGUCGUGGUGCCUUAGCGAGCUUUGGAGAUAGAACCCCGAAUUGCUAGCUUAGCCGACGAUCCAGCCGAUGCAACAUAUACACCGAGAAAGCCGUCUUGGAAAAAAAUUGCAUUUUGUACAGGUGAUGCGCUUGAAAUGAAGAAUAAGUCUUGUCGCGGCCAUGCCUCGCGUUUGGGUUUCUCGUGUAGUCGUGGUGUUAACUCUGACGGAUUCUAGACUAGAUAGAUAGAUAGAUAUAGAUGCAGGCAUUUGCAUUUCUCCGGGGUGACACGCGAUUGUUGGGCUUAGAGGUCUCAGAA